CUUCCGGUCGCUCCUGAUUAGAUACAACGGACGUCAAUCAAUCACCUCCGUGAUUGGAUCAGAAUUACGUCAGUCAACCCGCCGGUCCACGUCCCGCCUCCUACCCCCAUUGGAUGAAGAAGCCUAUAGACAAUCGGGUUUAGGUGCCGUUGCUAUGGACCUCCGUAGUCCCGACGAGGAUUUGAGCAGCCAUUGAUUGCAGCCAGGGUGCUGGUGAGCCCCCCCCAUCUGCUCGGUGUGCGGGCUGAGCUUUGAUGGAGGACCACAUGACGGGGCACAACAAGGAGAAGCGUUAUGAGUGUGACGUGUGUGGCAAGGCCUGCCCGAGCCCGAGCCGGCUGGAGACCCACCGGAGGGUGCACACGGGAGACCGGCCCUUCAACUGCUCGGAGUGCGGUAAGAACUUCAUCAGCUAUGCCAACCUGCAGCAGCACAACAGCGUGCACUCCGGCGAGAGGCCCUUCACCUGCUCUGACUGCAGCAAGAGCUUCAAGACUGCACAGGUCCUGAAGAUGCACCGACGGGUGCACAAGGCUGAGAAGUCCUAUGGCUGCUCCACCUGUGGCAAGAGCUUUGCCCGGUCAUCGGGGCUGCGGCUGCACCGGCGGGUGCACAGCAGUGAGCGGCCCUUCACCUGCUCCGACUGCGGCAAAGGCUUCAAGUCGUCAGCGCACCUGAAGGUGCACAGACGCCUGCACACCGGGGAGCGGCCCUACACCUGCAGCGACUGCGGCAAGGGCUUCACCCAGUCCAGCAACCUGCUGGAUCACCAGCGCACCCACACCGGGGAGCGCCCGUACACUUGCGUCCAGUGCGGCAAAGGCUUCGCCCAGUCCAGCAUCCUGCUGGCGCACCAACACACCCACACCGGCGAGCGUCCCUACACCUGCGCACAGUGCGGCAAGGGCUUCACGCAGUCCAGCAACCUGCUGUCCCACCAGCGCACCCACACCGGCGAGCGUCCCUACACAUGUGCCCAGUGCGGCAAGGGCUUCACCUGCUCCACCACGCUGCUGUCCCACCAGCAGGUGCAUGCCAGUGGCCGUCCUGUCCCCAACCCGAUGUGUGGAGAGCGCCUUGCCAUGGCCUCCCAUGCCCUGUCUCACCAGAGUGUGCACACCAGUGGCCAGCCCUACGACUGCCCGUACUGCGGUGAGGCGUUUGACAGCUCGCGGGGGUUGCGGCAGCACCGGCGGGCCCACGCCGGAGAGCGACUGCUCCCACUGCGGCAAGCAUCUCAAGAGUGUAUGGGGGCUGCGGCAGCACCCGUGGAUACACACUAGAGAGAGACCCUUUGUGUGCACUGAGUGUGGCAAGGGUUUCACCCGCCUGUCCAGCCUGUGGCAGCACCGGCGUACCCACAGCGGUGAGCGUCCCUUCCCCUGCCCGAACUAUGGUAAGGGCUUCACCCACCUUGACCACCUGCUGGAGCACCGGCGAGUCCACACUGGCCAGCACGCCCCUUCACCUGCCCACUCUGGCAAGGUCUUUGUCCACUCCUCCAGCCUGCUGGCACACCGCCAUGCUGUUUAGGAAGACACAAAAUGCUGGAAGGAAUGGGUAACGUUUCGGGUAAUUUCUUCAGUCUCCCAUUCCUCUCCAGAGGUGCUGCCUGUUACUCCAGCAUUUUGUGUCAUUUUUUGUAAACUAGGAUCUGCAUUUCCUUGUUUUUAAACCAUACUUGUUAACCUUCUCUGCACCUUCCCCAAAGCCUCAACAUCAGACCUGUAAUGGAGUGAUCAGAACUGUAUGCAAUACUCCAAAUGCUACCUGACCAAUGUCCCUUAAAGCUGCACAUAUACAUUCCUCUCUCUCCCCCCUCCCCACACCCUCCUUUCUCCCCUCCACUCAUACAUAACUUCUCACCACCCCACCCUCCCGCGUCCCUCUCGCUCACACACCCCCUCUCCCGCUCCCUGUCUCUCUCUCACACACUCCCCCUCUCGCUCCCCGUCUCUCUCACACACACCCUCAACACCCCUUCCCUCCAGUGCCUCUCCCAGGCAGAAAUAAAAAGCUUCCCCCCCUCCCCACGUUUCCUCCGUCCCUCUCCUACACCCCCUCUCUCUGUCCCUCUCUCUCACGCGUACACACACUCCCUCUCUCUUUUUCUCUCUCACACACUCCUCUCUCACACACACACCCUAUUUCUCUCGCACACAUGCACCCCUCUCUUGCUCUCUCACACAACCUCCCUCUGCUCUCUCUCACACACAUUCUCACACACACAUUCUCACACACACACUCUCACACACACACACACACACACACACAUUCUCACACACACACUCUCACACACACACACAUUCUCACUCACACAUGCACCCUCACACUCUCUCACACACGCUCUCUGACACACGCAGCACCUCUCACACACGCUCUCACAUACAUUCUCACACACAUUCUCACACACGGUCUUUCAAACAUGCACUCUCUCUCUCCUUGUAUCUAGACUAGGCGGGCAUUCCACCCUACACUUGCACUCAGUCCGCCAAGUCCUGCUGGAUCUCCCGGUUGCCAACGAUUUUAACUCCCCUUCCCACUCCCACACUGAUCUUUCUGUCCUGGGCCUCCUCCAUUGCCAGAGUGAGGUUGAAAGAGCUAAUAGCCCUUUUUCACGUGGCGACUUGACGCAAGAUGUAGCCAGAGUGGAGUGGUCGUGGUCUAACACGAUAUCACACGAUAUAACGGGGGUAGAGUAAAGAGUUCCCACGGUAUUCGGCAAUUCUGUCAUUUGUGCGAGUGACUUGUCCGUCUCCCGAUCUUUCCCGUUAAUCGUGAAUGAACAUCGUGGACUGUAGUGUAGUUAAUCACGUGGCACAAAUUAUGUUACUUUGUUGUCACACACUAUAUUGUUUUUUUUCACCCGAGCUCUUUAAUGAGCUGAAGAAUAAUCUGUGUUUUUUUAGACAAAUGUUGUUUGGUGUGAUGCACCUUCUCUCAAUAUGUGCAAGAAGUCGUCUUUUUAUUUUGUCAAAUAUGAAUAAAGACUGUGUCUCACAUUGA